AUGUCGUUCGCCCCGCCUUCCGGGCCUCCGCCGCCCUCGGUACCUGAGGGAUGGAAAGCGCAGUAUGACGAUCGAUACCAGACUUGGUAUUAUGUGGACCUUGCCACGGGCAAAUCGCAAUGGGACCGUCCUGAAGCUCCCCCACCGCGCGGUGACGCCAGUCUUCCAACCGAUUCUCUCCCGCCAUCGUACAGCAAUUCAGGGCCUGGCGACCCAGCAGCAAUAGCCGGUGUGGGAGACAAGAAGCAACCCAUGGGAUCGAACAACCCGUAUAACCCUUCAACAAAUAAUAGCCCAGGCAACGCCAGCCCUUACACAAUCGACGAAGACGCACGACUUGCCGCCAAGCUCCAAGCUGAGGAAGAUGCUCGGGCUGGCAUACGAGGAACCGGAGCCGGACCGGAAGAUCGUGGCGCAUCAUCAGACUACUACAACGAUGCCUCGCGGCCGCAAUCCACCGGCCCAGGCGGAUAUGCGGCGGGCCCAGCGUCACAUAGCCCGAUGCCUGAGCAGGAAAAGAAGCGCAGCAAGGGUGGAUUUUUCAGCAAGCUGCUGGGCAAGAGUUCGAGCUCAAGCAGCAGGCCGUCUCGGCCACAGCAACAGUACGCCUCGUAUGCCCAGCAAGGUCCUCCCCCUGGUGCAUACUACGGUGGUGGAGGCUAUCCUCCGCAACAUGGCCCCCAGUUUGGAUAUGGACCCCCCCGGACCGGGAUACGGAGGUAG